CUCAACUAAAACUUGAAAAAACAUGGCUAAUCUAUGGUGGACGGGGCAAGUAGGGUUACAAGGAAUGGAAACAUCAGCCACUUCAUCAUCUCCGAUGAAGAAACCAGAUCUGGGUAUAUCCAUGACAAACAAUGGAGAAACAGGCAGCGGUGGAACCGGAGAAGAAGAAGACAAAGAGCAUAGCGACGAGCCCAGAGAAGGUGCUAUCGAAGUCUCCACUCGUCGUCCCAGAGGUCGACCAGCAGGCUCCAAAAACAAGCCCAAACCACCAAUCUUCGUCACCAGGGAUAGCCCUAAUGCACUAAGGAGUCACGUUAUGGAGAUAGCCACCGGUUCCGACGUAGCCGAAACCCUAGCUCAGUUCGCUAGGAGGAGACAAAGAGGGGUCUCGGUUCUCAGCGGAAGUGGAACUGUCACCAACGUUACACUCAGGCAACCUUCGGCACCUGGUGCAGUUAUGGCCCUUCAUGGUAGGUUCGAGAUUUUAUCAUUAACCGGCGCGUUUCUUCCCGGACCGGCUCCUCCGGGUUCGACAGGGUUAACGAUAUACCUAGCCGGCGGUCAAGGGCAGGUGGUUGGUGGUAGUGUAGUAGGCUCACUGGUGGCAUCAGGGCCCGUCAUGGUAAUAGCAGCAACUUUUUCCAACGCUACAUAUGAGAGAUUGCCUUUGGAGGAGGAAAAGGAGGGUGUCGCUGGUGCUCAAGGUCAGCUCGCUGGUGCCGGCGGAUCGCCACCAGGUACCGGUAGUGGAAGUGGAGAGCAUCAACAUAGAGGAAUCGGUGGUGGCAGCGAUGGCUCGGGAUUGCAAGUUUACAACAACUUGCCACCAAAUUUGGUGCCUAAUGGUGGACAGUUGAACCAUGAGGCUUAUGCUUGGGCACAUGGUGGAAGACCACCAUAUCAGUAAACAUACAGA